UAACAACACAUUCAAAACAUAAUUUGGUUAGAGAGUCUUACACAAAAGGAGUACAAAAGUUUUUUCAACAUGGCCAAUCCUAAUUGGCCAUCUUCACUUAUGUUGUUCUUAGCCUUGGUUUCCAUGGUUGCACAUAUAAGUGCUCAAUACUCUCCACCAACACCACCAUCGUAUGUUUAUCCGCUUCCGCCAUAUGUUUACAACAGUCCUCCACCAUACGUUUAUAACCCCCCAUCACCACCUCCGUAUGUUUACAAAGCUCCACCGCAAUCUCCUCCAUAUGUCUACAGCUCUCCGCCACCACCUCCAUAUGUUUACAAAUCUCCUCCACCACCUCCUUACGUCUAUAGCUCUCCACCACCACCUCCAUAUGUUUACAAGUCUCCCCCACCACCUCCAUACGUUUAUAGCUCUCCUCCACCUCCUCCAUAUGUUUAUAAAUCUCCCCCACCACCACCCUAUGUCUAUAGCUCUCCACCGCCUCCUCCAUAUGUUUACAAGUCACCACCACCUCCUCCUUACGUAUAUAGUUCUCCACCACCUCCUCCAUAUGUUUACAAGUCUCCCCUUCCUCCUCCAUACGUUUACAGCUCCCCUCCUCCUCCUCCAUAUGUUUACAAGUCUCCCCCUCCUCCUCCAUAUGUUUACAGCUCUCCUCCUCCUCCCCCAUACGUACCUCCAUACGUCUACAAAGCUCCUCCACCUCCUCCUUACGUCUAUAGCUCGCCACCACCUCCUCCAUAUGUGUACAAGUCUCCUCCGCCACCUCCAUACGUCUACAGUUCUCCGCCACCCCCUCCUUAUGUUUACAAAUCUCCUCCACCACCUCCCUACGUCUAUAACUCGCCACCACCUCCUCCAUAUGUAUACAAGUCUCCUCCUUAUGUCUACAGUCCGCCACCGCCUCCUCCAUAUGUUUACAAGUCUCCUCCUUAUGUCUACAGUUCGCCACCGCCUCCUCCAUAUGUUUACAAGUCUCCACCUCCAUAUGUCUAUAGCUCUCCACCACCUUAUGUCUAUAGCUCUCCUCCAUAUGUAUACAAGCCUCCUCCACCGCCUCCUCCAUAUGUUUACAAGUCUCCUCCUUAUGUCUACAGUUCGCCACCGCCUCCUCCAUAUGUUUACAAGUCUCCACCUCCAUAUGUCUAUAGCUCUCCACCACCUUAUGUCUAUAGCUCUCCUCCAUAUGUAUACAAGCCUCCUCCUUAUGUCUAUAGCUCUCCGCCACCUCCAAGUUAUAGCUAUAGCUCUCCCCCUCCACCGAUAUACUAACCAUAUAUAUACUUGAUGAAGUGAACCUCGAAGGAAGAUUGUAUUUAAUAAGUGAACUCACAGUUUAAAAGGCUUUUUCUUUCGAGACUUCAAUAUAUAAGAAAUGUACUGAAAUAUUUAUGUGCUAUGGGUUGCUUGCUUUUGAUGUUGUUUUCCCUUCUAAAAGAUCAAUGUUUUGUCUUCCAUUUAUAACUAAUAAAUUUAAUAUUUUAAAUAAUAAUUGGGUAUAUAUA